AUGGAAAAAGUACACGAACUGAUCACCAUCGAGGACACCAAAAGUGAGGAUAGCCAACCGGACUGCAGAGCAAAAGAAAGUCCGAAAAGUACGGAUGUAAACAAGCAAUUAGUACAAUACAUGGGAUGGAAUGGAAUAGAAGCGGAAAAGAACGACUUUUACGGAAAUAAAGAGGAAGUGAAUAACAGCAGUGAAUCAAGUGAUGAUGAAAACGAGGGAUUAACGGCGUAUUGUGGAAUGGAACCCGACAUGGAAAUUGAACACAGUGUUGAUUUUAUAUUGGGGUAUGACAGUGACACCUACCUUCAAUCUCGCAACUACAACGGAGAAACUCCCUUAAUGUUGGCAAUCUCACACAAAAACCAAGAAUGUGCAUCGUUAAUAUGGACACCAACUAACAUCAACAUUGCAACACCUGACGGCAGAACCGUUCUGCAUUAUUUAGCCAUGUAUGGCCUAGAAGACCUGGCCACCCAAAUUUGCGCAAAGAGAAUAAUCAAUAUCAACCAACAAGACGAUUCAGGCGAAACCGCCUUACACGUAGCAAGCGGAUUCAACCGAAUCGACAUGAUCGAGAUUUUACUGCUACACGGAGCAGACGCAGGGACAAAAGACUCCCAUGGACACGCGGCUGGAACAGAAACAUGCAGCACAAGAGCGCAAACCAUAUUCCAAAAAUGGGAAACUAAAACAUAA